AUGGCGACAGACUGGAGUGGACGGGGGCUUACGCUAACUUUAUUCGUUUUUUCGUGUUUUUUCGCGGGCGGGCGGGCCAGCACGGGGCUCCCGGAGGUGGGCGGCGGCACCCGGAUAUUCGGCAUGCGGCUUGAGAGGAGCGACAAGCCGGCCAAGACCACAGACCAGGGGGUUAUCCAGGUGACUGAGGGCAGCGACAUCCUCUUCAGGUUCUACGGAUUGCAGAUCCUCCCGGAGACCGCGACGCUCAUCCGGUUCAUGGACCUGGACUCGGGUGAUGGUGAUGACGGGGAUGAAGCUGGCAACAACAACAGCGUUCCUUUUAACAGGACUUGUUCGGAGUUCACGAAGGAUAUAGUGGUGAGGGGAUUUAUGAACGUCAGCCGCCAGGGCACCUCCGGGGUGCUGAGCCUCCGGAUCAAGCGACUCCGCAAGAGCGAGGUGCAGAAGGUGUUCCGCUUGUGCGUCCACGACAGACAGGAGGGCAAGUGGCUCUUUCUCGGGGAGGACGACGGCAAGCUGCUGGUGGUGGAGGAGAAGACCUCCCUGCUGCCCCUGUCCAUCCAGGUGAUCCUCAUCUCCUUCCUGCUGGUGCUGUCCGGCAUGUUCAGCGGGCUCAACCUGGGUCUGAUGGCGUUGGACCCCAUGGAGCUGCGCAUCGUGCAGAGCUGCGGCACCGACAAGGAGAAGAAAUACGCGCGCAAGAUCGAGCCCAUCCGCAGGAAGGGCAACUACCUGCUGUGCUCGCUGCUGCUCGGCAACGUCCUGGUCAACACCACGCUCACCAUCCUCCUGGACGACCUGAUCGGCUCCGGGAUCGGCGCCGUGGUCGCCUCCACCAUCGGCAUCGUCAUCUUCGGUGAGAUCGUCCCGCAGGCGCUGUGCUCCCGACACGGCCUGGCGGUGGGAGCCAACACCAUCAUGGUCACCAAGUUAUUCAUGCUCCUCACUUUCCCGCUGUCCUGGCCCAUCAGCAAGAUCCUCGACUACGUGCUGGGCCAGGAGAUCGGCACCGUGUACAACCGGGAGAAGCUGGUGGAGAUGCUGAAGGUGACCGAGCCCUACAACGACCUGGUGAAAGAGGAGCUCAACAUGAUCCAGGGCGCGCUGGAGCUCCGGACCAAGACGGUGGAGGACGUGAUGACGCCGCUCAACAACUGCUUCAUGAUCCACAGCGACGCCGUGCUGGACUUCAACACCAUGUCGGAGAUCAUGGAGAGCGGCUACACGCGGAUACCGGUGUUCGAGGACGAGCGCUCCAACAUCGUGGACAUCCUGUUCGUCAAAGACCUGGCGUUCGUGGACCCGGACGACUGCACCACCCUGAAGACCAUCACCAAGUUCUACAACCACCCGGUGCACUUCGUCUUCCACGACACCAAGCUGGACUCCAUGCUGGAGGAGUUCAAGAAAGGAAAAUCCCACCUGGCCAUCGUCCAGAAGGUGAACAACGAGGGCGAGGGAGACCCGUUCUACGAGGUGCUGGGUCUGGUCACCCUGGAGGACGUGAUCGAAGAAAUUAUAAAGUCAGAGAUCCUGGAUGAGUCGGACCUUUACACUGACAACCGCACCAGGAAAAGGGUGGCACCCAAUAAGAACAAGAGGGACUUCUCUGCCUUCAAACACGAGAGCGAAUCUAAAGUCAAGAUCUCUCCACAGCUGCUGCUGGCCGCCCAUCGCUUCCUGGCUACAGAGGUGAGUUUGUUCAGCCCGUCUCAGAUCUCAGACAAGGUGCUGCUGCGGAUCCUGCGCCACCCUGACGUGAUCCAGGAGAUCAAGUUCAACGAAGGUGACAAGCGCUCUCCCCAUCACUACGUCUACCAGAGGGGCAAGGCCGUCGACUACUUCGUCCUCAUCCUGCAGGGUCGAGUGGAGGUCGAGGCGGGCAACGAGAACAUGAAGUUUGAGACGGGACCCUUCUCCUUCUACGGCGUCAUGGCACUCAGUGCACCCACGCUGGAGUUUCGCUCGCCGUCCCACCUGAGCGGUUUGAACCGCACGGCCUCUCUGAGCGGCGCCGACCGGACAGAGUCUCUGUCGGUGAGCGGCAGCAACAGCCAGCUCAACAACAGCAGCCCCUCGCCACAGUACACCCCCGACUUCUAUGUCCGAGCCCUCUCCGACCUGCAGUUCGUCAAGAUCACGAGAGCCCAGUACCAGAACGGCCUGAUGGCGUCCCGUCUGGACAGCACGCCCCAGUCCCCCGAGAGCAGCCACAACCUGGCCCGCAUGGAGCCGACCACACCGCCAACCAACGCCACCACCACCACCACCACCGCCGCCACCACCACAGACCCGGGCCCCGACUCCACCCCCACCGAGAACGGCCCCGACGAGACCACGCUCCUCCUCCUCAACGAGCAGAACUGCCUGGCCGGGCCGCCGCGCACCACAGCCAACCACCAUAGCCAAUCAGAAAACAGCAUUUGACCCCGCCCCCCCCUUUUUCCCCCCUCCCUCCCCGACCUCAGUUGCACGCACGCACACGAUGCGACGUUGGGAUGCGUACGCCGAAGGGAAUAGCGGGUGGCGCUGUCAGAAGGCGUCGAGGCGUGCCUCGCACUGUUGGCAAGACCCAAAGAGACAAGCCACGCGCAUGCAUAUUGUGUAAAUAUGCAAGGAUUAAACAAAACACACACACAAACACACACACACACACACACACAUCAAAAAUGCCAAACUGUAUUAAGGGAACUCGCCUCCUGCCCUGAUCCUCGCCACUCCUCUCUGCUUCAUAAAGUCGGUGUCAUCAACAAUUUUUAACCCACAACCGUUACACACAGCACCUAUGAAUAACUGUAUGUGUGUGUGUGUGUUUGUGUGUGUGUGCGCGCACUCCUGAAUCUAUCAGUGUCGACGAGGAUUUUCGAAGGACCUGCUUGUUCCUCCCCCGCCCGAAGGCUCAGUGAUGACGUUGUGGAAACAGCAUCGAGAGGCCUCCCGGCUCCGUGUGGAAGCUGUGUGUGUUUGUGUGUGUGUCCUCGCUUCCAUCUCACUGUAAAGACCCCCUAAUCAAAAAGACUCAGGGAGACCCCCCCCACCCGCACCCCCAAGCCCAUUUAAGCGGGGUGGACGACGGUCACGCUUGCUCACCAAACCAAACCUGCUGCAUGUGUAGCAUCCCGCCUCGCCUCCACGCCCCGCUCGUCCAUACAGCUAGAAGACAAAGACACUCCGAGCAUGUCAGUGGAGUCUAAACAGAGUCACCCCUAGAAACCUAUAUCGCGAGAAAACGCUAUUUAUUGAUUCAUUCUGUGUAUGCUCAAGUGCAAAACACACACACACACACAUGUACAGUGCUUUCUUUGUGGUUCUGCAGACUCCUAACAGGACGUUUUGUGUUUUUUUUUUUUUUCUUAACGGAAGCAGCAUCUAGCCCAGAGCCUUUAUCCCAGAGUUGUAAAAGAGAUUCAGUGCAGAUCGGCGGCCCGUCUGCAUCGUGAUCGAGACAAUCAGCGUGAUGAUGAUGAAUGUGUCAAAUGUGUAGGGUACGUUACGGCGGGCUGUUUUUUCCCCGAACGCUCUCAAAUCGCUUCCUCUUGGCUUUUUCCUCCCCCCCCCCCCCCCCCCCCCCCCCCCCCCCGUGCCUCGGCUCUCUUUCCGUUUAACGGCUCCGCUGAUGUGAAAAGGCAAGAUGGGGGGGUCCGAGCACCGAAACAAGGCGAAUAACGCAGGAGUCGGUUUCCACGGAAGGGCAAAAGUGGAAGAGCCGGAGAUAUUUGAGAGUGUCGGGACGAAGCCUUAAAGGGACGCAGCCAAGUCCUUUACCUGCUUUAGAGGAGGGUGGGGUGGGGUGGAGGGGUGAGUGCAAAUACAUGGUGGGGGGACCUG